ACACAAUUCUCGGAUCGAGAAUCUCGAUUACUAGCAUCGUGGACACAAGGCUUUAGCCAUGGACACACAUGUCGUCGAGUGUAUCAUGUCAAACGAGAGUGAUGCGGUUAACUGUACCAGGGAGAGUGAAUUGUCCGGCGAGAUCGGCGAGAUAGACAAUGACAAGACCGUCGUUGCGAAUGAUAUAUCCGAACUAUCGACGAGUAUGAGCAAGCGUCAGCUGAAGCAGGUGAAAAAGAAGGAAAAGUGGCUAGAAUGGAAGCUUGAGAAGAGAUUGCGAGAGAAAGCUAAAGCGAGGGAGAAACGCGCUUACGCGCGCGCAAACAACUUGAGCCUGGGCCCAUCGAGAAAGUUCUUGAAGCAGAGUACCAUGGCAGCCAGUCCAUGCACACUCACGGUGACCAUCGAUCUCUCGUUCGACGAGCUGAUGAUCGAUAAGGAUAUUGCUAAGCUGACGAAACAGAUACUCAGGUGCUACACUUUGAACAGAAGGGCGACGGCGCCCAUGCAAUUUUCCCUCACCAGUUUUACUGGCAAGUCGCGGGCCGAUAUGGAGAAGCACAAUGGAUACAGACAUUGGGAUGUGAGCUUUUAUACCAAGUCGUAUAUAAAUAUUUACCCCAACGAGAAAAUUGUGUAUCUCACGAGCGAGUCGGAGAACGUGAUAGAUUAUUUGGAUCACGAUUGCGUAUACGUCAUAGGUGGUCUCGUCGAUCACAAUUCACACAAGGGUAUAUGCCACAAACUAGCGAUCAAAGCGGGCGUUAGACACGGACGGUUGCCGUUAGACAAGUUCCUGCAGAUGAAGGCGAGGAAGGUAUUGACCAUAGAUCAUGUUUUUGAGAUACUGCUGCGAGUUAGCGAGGGUGACGCUUGGCAAGAGGCAUUUCUCAAGGUGUUGCCGGAAAGGAAGAACGCUCGGCCGAUCGCCUCCGUGCAACCUGAAGGAGAAGGGUCGCGAGAUUCCGGAUUUGUCAAUGUAAAUAGUGCAACAUUGCUCGAUGCCAAUAACGCUUGCGACAAGGAAGGCAAUAACAGACUCGAGUGUAAUGUACCAUCGAACCAAGUUGUGAAUUCGUGUGCGAAUUAAUUUGUAGGUGCGCGUUAAGGGGAUCCUGGAGUCGUCUGUAUUACCGGCGGAAUAAGUGAUUUUUUCUAAAGAAUUCUCUUUAUUGUUUGCACAGAAUGAAAAAUCCUUUUCCACGAUCAAUGAAUCGUGGACAACAAGACUUUCUGUUUGAAACGAAAAAAAGUUUGACAAUUACAAUUUUCUACUUCAAUAAUGUGCUUUAUAUAAAACUUUGGCGCUUUUUGUACGUACGAAAUGGCUGUUGUCCACGCUAGGGACAAUAAACGAAUACUUGAUGAUGCUUUUUGAAGUGAAUUUAGAAGCAUAAUAAAAAAGCUAAAUUAAGUUAAGAAAAUGUCAUGCCAAAUUUCACGUGUGAAAUCGUGACCAAGAGUAACAAGAUUAGUUCCUUGACAUAGUGCAAAAGGAUUUUUCAUUUUAUCAAUGAAAAGAUUUAUUUAAAAACAUUAUUCACUCCAUCAGUAAUACGAAGGAGUUCACUAGCCACUCCAGGAUCCCCUUAAUUUGGAACGAUAGCGUUUGAAAAGGACCUGGGAGUUAAUAAAACGUAAGUUUUACAAGAAACACACAAAACAAAAUAAAAGUUUGAUGAAUAAAAACAAAA